GGGGUCAGCAAGCGCCCUCUCCAGCUAGAGAUCCCCAUCCACGCCACAUCCCAUUCCCUGCACACUCGGCAUUUAUCUGUUCACCGCAGCGGAGCUGAUUCGAUUGUUUAAAGGGCCUUUUGCAGUAUUUACGCCGCUUGCAGGUUUGGUUGGGCGGGGAGUUGCAGCGGGUGGCAGCGGGCCGCGGCGAGCGCAUCCACCAUCUCUCGCCGGGUUGGCUGGCGCGGCCUGGCAAUGCCUGUCAGGAAUAAAUCCAAAACGGCCGCCAGGGAUUCGGGCCAGAAGGUGGAUCAUGGAUCGGAGGAGGAAGAGGAUUCUAAACCCAACAAUAACCGAGGCGAUCCGGACAUUGUCAAAUCUCCCAGUGACCCUAAAGAGUACAGAUAUAUCAAACUAGGAAAUGGUUUAAAUGUACUCUUAAUCUCGGAUAUGUCCAUUGGUAAGUCUGAAGUGGAAAUGCAGGUUGAGGAAGAGGAAAGUGAGAGUGAUGAUGAUGAUGAUUCUGAGAGUAUGUCGAAUGAUGAUUCCAAUGAAUAUUCAUCUGAUGAUUAUGAAGACGAUGAUGAUUCACAGCGCUAUUGCAGUGGGAAAAAGAGAUCAGAAAAGCAGUCAGCAGCUGCCCUUUGUGUGGGGAUUGGAAGUUUUAGCGAUCCUGAUGACCUUCCAGGAUUGGCACACUUUUUGGAACACAUGGUCUUUAUGGGGAGUGAAAAAUAUCCCGAUGAAAAUGGUUUUGAUGCCUUCCUGAAAAAACAUGGUGGUAGUGAUAAUGCAUCAACUGAUUGUGAACGCACUGUAUUUCAGUUUGACAUCCAGAGAAAGUACUUCAAGGCUGCCCUUGAAAGAUGGGCACAAUUCUUCAUUGGCCCCUUAAUGAUCCAAGAUACCAUUGAUCGGGAAGUGGAGGCUGUGGACAGGAAAUUCAUUGCUUAUUAUUUUGGAUCCUACAAUAGUGAUUGACUAUUAAUGGAAGUACUUGCUAGACCUGGCCAUCCUAUGGGAAAAUUCUUUUGGGGAAAUUCUCAGACUCUGAAGCAUACACCAAAAGAGAAGAACAUUGAUACCUAUGCUAGACUUAAAGAGUUUUGGAAGCGCCAUUAUUCUGCUCCCCCGGCGACUCUACCCCUGGCUGCGAGGCAAACCUUGGAUACCUUAGAAGCAUGGGUGAAAGAAAUAUUUUCUCAAAUACCAAACAAUGGUUUACCCAAACCAGAUUUUUCCGAUGUCAGGGAUCCCUUUGAUACACCUGCUUUUAAUAAACUUUAUAGAGUUAUCCCUGUGAAGAAUGUUCACUCUCUGAAUAUAACUUGGGCACUUCCACCUCAGAAGCAGUAUUACAGGACAAAGCCACUCCAUUAUAUAUCAUGGCUAAUAGGACAUGAAGGUAAAGGCAGUAUCCUGUCCCUGCUUCGCUCAAAGUAUUUAGCUCUUGCCUUAUUUGGAGGAAAUGGCGAAACUGGAUUUGAACAAAAUUCAACAUAUUCUGUGUUCAACAUCUCAAUUACAUUAACUGAUGAUGGCUAUCGGCAGUUCUAUGAGGUUGCACAUAUUGUGUUUCAGUAUAUGAAAAUGCUACAAAACCUUGGCCCUCAGGAGAGAAUUUAUAAAGAGAUUCAGAAGAUUGAAGAUAAUGAAUUCCAUUACCUGGAACAGACUGAUCCCAUUGAUUUUGUUGAAAAUGUUUGUGAAAAUAUGCAGCUUUUUAAAAAAGAAGAUUUUCUCACUGGAGACCAAUUGCUGUUUGAGUACAAGCCAGAGGUUAUUGCUGCUGCUUUAAACCAACUGACCCCACAGAAUGCAAAUUUGAUUCUCCUUUCUCCCAACAAUGAAGGAAAAUGUCAUCAAACAGAGCGGUGGUUUGGGACGUUGUAUGACGUUGAAGAUAUUGACAAAGAUUGGACUAAAACGUGGGCAGGUGACUUCGAAUUGAAUCCUGUCCUUCAUCUGCCAGAAAAGAAUAAAUACAUAGCAACUGAUUUUACACUAAAGAGCUCUGACUGCAAUGAUACUAUAUAUCCUGCGAAAAUUGUAAAUAAUCCGUGUGGAUGCUUGUGGUACAAAAAAGAUACUAAGUUUGAAAUUCCUAAAGGUUACACCCGCUUCCAUUUGAUAUCGCCUAACAUUCAUAAGUCUUCAGAAAACUUGGUGCUGUUUGACUUAUUUGUCAACAUAGUGGCUCACAACUUAGCUGAACCUGCAUAUGAAGCCGAUGUUGCUCAGUUGGAGUAUAAACUAGUGGCUGAAGAGCAUGGAUUGGUCAUCAAAGUAAAAGGAUUUAACCACAAACUUGAGCUUCUGUUUCAACUCAUAGUUGAUCAUCUGACUGACUUUGCAACCACUCCAGAUGUGUUUGGAAUGAUUGUGGAACAAUUAAAAAAAAGUUACUUCAAUGUUCUAAUCAAACCUGAAAAACUGGGAAAAGAUAUACGUCUUUUGAUUCUGGAACACGAACGGUGGUCUUUGACACAGAAGUACCAGACCUUGAUGAAAGAUGGAAUCACAAUCGAAGCAUUGAUGUCAUUUGUGAAGAACUUAAAAUGCAACCUUUUUGUAGAAGGAUUAGUGCAAGGAAAUUUCACAAGCAAAGAAUCUGUUGAAUUUCAAAAUUAUAUUGUGAAGAAGCUGCAGUGUAAGCCACUGGUGAGGCACGUACCUGUCCAGUUCAGGGUUGUGGAAUUACCUCAGAAGCAUCAUAUAUGCAAAAUUAAGUCCUUAAACAAAAAUGAUCCCAAUUCUGAGGUCACUGUUUACUAUCAGUCAGGUUGUUGCAAAGUAAAAGAAAAUGCCCUCUUGGAACUACUUGUUAUGCACAUGGAAGAACCUUGCUUUGAUUAUCUGAGGACGAAAGAAACACUUGGGUACCAUGUGUAUCCUACCUGCCGAAAUACUUCCGGAGUCUUGGGAUUCUCUAUCACAGUGGAAACACAGGCAACAAAAUUUAGUACCGAAGUUGUAGACAUGAAAAUAGAAGAAUUUCUGAGCAGUUUUCAUAAAAAACUAACAUCAAUGACUCAAGAUUCCUUCAAUACUCAGGUAACUGCAUUGAUUAAGCUUAAGCUUUGUGAAGACACACAUCUAGGAGAAGAAGUGGACAGAAACUGGGAUGAAAUUUUUACACAGCAAUACCUGUUUGACAGGCUUACCCAUGAGAUUCAAGCCCUUAAAUCAUUCACCAAAGCAGAUUUGGUAGCUUGGUUCGCAGGGCACCAGGGGCAGAAGAGUAAAAAACUUAGUAUUCAUGUGAUUGGAUCUGGGCAACACGAACUGGAUCAGGUCACUGAUAGCUCCAAAUAUGAAUAUCAGUCUGCGUGUGGGGAAGAACUCUGGAUUUCCUUUGUAGCCGUCUCUCCGCUGAUGAAAACUGCAAUUCCCAUUAACAACAUCUCUGCUUUCACAUCAAAUCUAAAGCUUUAUCCCUACCAUAAAGUUUUGAAAUGACAUCUGUCAGUUGGAAAUGACCCACAAUAACAUAUAGUGUGUUGCUAAGAAUGUGCAUUUACAUGUAAAAUGAAAUCCUGAUUAAUGCUUCUGCUUUUAAAAAAAAGGCAUUCCACCAUAAGUGUGCUAAUAUAACUAUCUGAGAGUGUAUUUUAAGAUUUGUGCUUUUAUUGAUCAUCCAAUAAUGAUGUAGUUGCAUCAGAAUUCAUUGAGCCACAAAUAUCGGUAAAUAUUUAAAUUAUAUUGCACUUUGGUUUGCCAUUACUUCACUUUUUGGGGAAAAUGUCACCAGUUUGGCAAUGGAUUAUUUUGAGAGGAGGUAAAACAAAAUCUCCAUGUACAAACCUGCCUAUUUAGAACAUACCAGUUCUGCAAGAGAAGUAAUCACUAGGUUGUUGAGCCAUGGUUAAAUCUCCAAUUGACUGGUGUUCUUAAUAAAUAAAUUGAUAUUUGUGCAAAGAAUAAAAAAAACUAAUCCUUAAUUAAA